AGCUCUGAAACAAUUGCUCAAGAUCGUUCGUUGGAUGUACAUCUCUCGUAAUUCGUUUGGGAUUUUUUUCUCUUGUUUCGACGCCAGCAGUCCAGUAGAGAACCGACCAAAUUGCAUCGUGGAUUUAUUUUUGUUGUGCAUCCUUUAAAGAGAUCAUUGGCUGGCAGUGUGCGAUAGAAAAGUUUAGUGCAAAAAAAGUUCAUGCAGUGUGAAUUUGAGAAAAUAAUUUAAAAAAUACACAUAUAUAUAUAAAAAAAUAAACGUAGCCAAAAUGGGAAAGUUGCUGGGGAUUGUAUGUGCUGUUUUAUGUUUUGUUGUUCUAGUUAAGGCUCACAAUACCAAACCAUUGGCAGCAAAUAGUGGCAGCAGUUUAAAUGCAUUCAGCAAAUUUUAUAGAAAUUGUGAAAAUGCGGAGGAUAUAUUUCGUUGUAUAAAGCAACAAGCAUUGAAAUUAGUCAAUCGUGCAUUGAAUUUACAAUCGAUUAAAGUGGUCGAUGGUGUGACAUUGUUGCAACGUGAUCAACAACAAUCGUUAAAUGCCCAACGCAAAUCAGCUGAUAAUGAUAUUCUACAAAGUGAAUCGGAAAUUCGUAGUCUAUCGUCCGAUCAAUUGGACACAACACUUAUGAAUGGUAUUGGUAAAUUGCUAACCAAUUUUCAAUUGCAAUUGAAUUUACCAAAAGUGAUUGACUAUGCACAAAAUGAAGUUGUCGAAGUGGAAGAAGGACGAAAGAAGACGAAAAAAUAUUUGGGUCCAUUUUUAGCAGCGAUGGCCAUCAAAGCGGGAAUUUUAAAAUUGGCCUACCACUCGAUCGCUAUUGUUGCCGCCAAAGCAUUGAUUAUUGGUAAAAUUGCACUUGUAAUCAGUGCAAUUAUCGGUCUCAAGAAAUUGGUUGCACCCGAAGGUCAUGAAAAAACAACAUAUGAAAUCGUGAAACAUCCACAUGUUCAACAAUCACACAGUUACUCAUCGUCCCAUGGUGAAUAUGACAAUCACGAAGGCGUUGGUCAAUAUCACCGCAGUUUUGACCAAUACGACGAGCUAAUGAUGAGAAAUCCGGCUUUCCGAAACAAUUUAUCUCCUAAAUACAAUUAAUUUGGCACAAUUAAUUGAUUCUAGUGAGGAAAAAUAGGUAGUAGAGGAGAAAGUGAAUGGCUUAUUUAGACAGAAAAGAAUGGAACAAAAAAUUAAACGUAGACGUUAGAAGCAGACAAAAUCAACCAAAAAUUUAAACCAAAAAUAAAGAGAAAUGAAUACUCAAACGAAAGCUUCACCAGUUUUUACUAAAUGCGAUGACUUUAAAAAUGAUAGCGGAAAAGGAAACGUAAAAAAUGUACACCAAAGUCUCUUUUGUCUUUAUUUGAAAACAAACAUGAAAUUUCGUAUUAUCAUCAAAAUAUCGGUACAAAAUCGUGCUCCAAAUUUCAAGACGAAAAAUGCCAGCCAAUUGAAGUGACCAACGAAGAAAAUCGUUCUAUUGGAUAUUUGAUUGAGGACAUUUAUUUUUCGUGUGGAAUUUAUGCCGACACGAUGGAGAAUCGAACAUUGACCAUUUUUUUCAAAACAUUUAUCAUCCAUUCAUGCCAAACGCAAAACUCAUUCCAAAACAUAAAAAGACUAUCUUAAACAUAACACACACACAAAAAAACAUACAAACACCUACAGAAUUUUGAUUUUGUAACAUUUAAAUUGAUGAUUUUGCCGAGAAGCCUCUCAUACUGCGAGAGCCUUUCAAUUUCGAGGAUUAAUCACAUAUUGUUGUUGUUGUAGACGAACGGGCUGACCAAAAAAAUAUAUAUAUAAAUAUAAAAUGAAAAUAUUUCUUCUGUUUAUUUUUUUGCAUCAAACAAAUGAUGUUAUUAUUUGUUUGGUAAUAAAGUGUAAGUGAAUUAUCCAAUAAGUAUUUAUUUAUUUAUUUAUGUAUUGUACUCCCCCGAAAUACCUAUUUAUUGUUUUCUAUUUACAUUGUUUAUAUGUUUUUUUUAUUUAUUGAACAUUACUAAAUUAUUAUCCAUUAAUUUAAACCUUUUUUUUGUGUUGUGUGUGAACAGAACAACGAGACGAAAAACGAAUGGCAUACAUUCCUUUAGCAGUUAUCAUUAUCUAUAAAACAAAAUGAGAUAGAAAAUUGAAUUAAAAACCGUGUAUUGUAACAGCAAAUAGCGAGCUUGAGAAGUUUAUGAAUAAAAUAAAUAAAUAAAUAAAUAUUACGAAUACGUAAUUUGAGACAACAAA